ACUGCGGUGGAGGAGCGAACUCGACAGACGACCGCUUGGGAGGGGGUGUGGUGUUCUUUUUCUGGCCGGCCGGCCGGCCUCCCGCUCGCACACUCGUCCGCUCCCGCGUCUAUUCCCUCGCUUUGCGGGCGCGCGUGCGGGGCAGGCUCCCGAAGCGGGCGCGACGGCGGCGGCGGCGGCGGCGGCGUGGAAUGUCCCUGCGCUCCGCCCUGCCUUCCGAAGUGGAGAUGAGCCAUAGCCAAGGCAAAGGACGCUUCUCUUAAAGACUCCGGAGCCAGGAUGAUGGUGCACCUGCGGCAGCCUUUCCCUCUGGUUGUGGUGGCGCAGAGUUUCUUCCUCCCGCUCAUAUUCUGUGAUGCUAAGCAAGUCAUCCAGACCACAGACGUAUUGGACUGGGAGGAUAAAGAUGCUGUGGACACUUUGGUUGCUAAUGGAGUCAAUUCUCGGAUCAUCAAUCCUUUACGUCUUUUUGUGAAGUCCUCUCCAACAAUGAAACAUGGGCGGAUGUCAUAUUCAGACAAGGACAACUUUUGGGAUUGGUUAUCCAAUAUCACUGAAGCUCAGGAAUCUCUUGCACGAACUAAACGCAGACCAAUUGUGAAAACUGGAAAGUUUAAAAAAAUGUUUGGAUGGGGCGAUUUCCAUUCUAACAUCAAAACUGUGAAAUUGAAUCUUCUGAUAACGGGGAAGAUUGUUGAUCAUGGCAAUGGAACCUUUAGUGUUUAUUUCCGGCACAAUUCAACAGGCCUUGGAAAUGUUUCUGUAAGCCUGGUGCCACCUUCCAAGGUGGUAGAAUUUGAAUCUUCCCCUCAAUCAACUCUAGAGACUAAGGAAUCAAAGUCUUUCAACUGCCGAAUUGAGUAUGAGAAAACUGAUAGGGCUAAGAAAACUGCAUUGUGUAACUUUGACCCUUCAAAAAUCUGCUACCAAGAGCAGACCCAAAGCCAUGUAUCCUGGUUAUGUUCUAAACCAUUUAAGGUCAUCUGUAUUUACAUUGCUUUCUACAGUGUUGAUUACAAACUAGUGCAGAAGGUCUGCCCUGAUUACAACUACCACAGUGAGACACCAUAUUUAUCCUCUGGAUGAUGUACUCUCUCUUCUUCAAUGACUGUUAUAUUCAGAAAAAAAAAUCUGUCUGAAAUUCUAGUUUUAAAUUUCUUAAGGCAUUGUUCCUAAUCAGGUUAACUAAGCAGCUUUCUUCUCCCGAAAGGAAAAUUAUCACUUGUGGCUGGUUCAUCCAUGCAUGUUCUUCACUUGAUGACUAGAACAUCAUAUAGCAACUUGCAUAUGUCAUUGAGCCAUCAUGAUCAAGCGCCAUGUAACAUUGUCAUGAUCAGAGUCUCUAUUUGGCCAUGCAGUUGUAAUUUCAUGAUGAAUCACCGAAUGAGUGGACCAGCCUGAAGGUUUUGCUGUUAUCAUAAAUAUUUCAAUAUCCGAAAAUCAAAAUAUCACUUUUUCGCAGUACAGUAUUUGUAUUUAAUUUCUCAUUGUGUCAGAUCAGAUCUUAUCAAAUAUUAAUAGUAUAUAGAUAAGUGCGAAAAGCCAAAUUCUUUGCAAGGAAGAGACACAAAUGAUCUCUUACUAAGACUUGCUGCAACAGCAGAUUCAGCUGGUAGUAUUGGAAAAAACAUUCUUUGUUAGCAUUUUAGGAAUAUUAAACUGCCAGCGCCAGCAAAUUUGUCAAAGGCUCUCUAACAUGCAGAGAUGUUAUCAACAUGGAUUCUGAAAUUAGCUAAACCUUUUUUUAUGAUGUUAGGGAGAAACAUUCAGAGAAAGAAAUCUCUCAGAUGUGCUGCCAUGAAUUUUGCUUAAAACUUAGGCAAAAAUUCUAUAGGAGUUUAAAAUUAGAAGAAUUUCUAUGAGAUUUGCAUAAUAGGUUCGUGAAUGAAUCAUUCACAAGCAAUAUUAUUUGCUUAUUAAAUACCUACAACAAUUCUAGCUAUAAUCUGACAGAACUGUGUCCUUUAUGUAACAAUUGGGUAGAUCAGUUGCACACCUCUAAAGCCAUGUUUAUAACUAUAGGCAAAGUACAUGUUGUAACAGGAGCAAAGAACUGGAUAAAAGUGUUCUGUGGAUAUGUUGCCCACUAUUCAGAUUUGUAGACACUGCCAUUCUUCAUUCAGUCAUGAAAAGUAGUGAACACAGGGAUUUUGUUUUAAAAAUCAGUGGGUAGAAAAUAGAACAGAAUUCUACUGAAAUAUCCAUUUAAUCCAAAAAUAUUGAGAAAAUGUGUUCUGUAUUUAAACUAGUUUGUCUUUAAUCUAUUCAUGUAAUUCAGAAAUUGGGAUCUCUACCAAUUUUGCCAUUCUGAAAGCAUACUAAAAUUAAAAUCACAAGGUCUCUAAAGGAGAUAGUUUUCAUUCAGUGCAAUAAAGUAUAACACUGAUUUCAUUGAGAUAAUGAAGCAGUGGCUGAUAAUCUCCCUCUACAAAUGGACUUGGCUUUUUAGUAUCAUAAACCCUUGCCAGGACCAUUAUAGAAAAGCUAUUAAAGAAGAAAUCUAAUAUAAAAUUAUAAUGAGAUCUUUACCAGUUUGCUUUCAUUGGCUAAAAUUCCAGACCUUGUACAUUUGUUUAAUUUUUCAGAGCAGUGAAUCUUUUCAAAAUUAAUCUUUUACAUAAGAUUCACUUAUGUAAAUACUUACAUUUUACCUUUGAUAUGAAUCAAUUGGCUGCAGCCAGGUGAUCUAGGCAUUCACUUAUCUCAGACCUGGUAGUCUGCAUCAAUAAAAUAGUGUCAUCUCAAUCCUCCAAUUAAAAUUGUUAAAUUUUUGCCAAGAAACUAUUAACUAUCAGUUAAUAUCCAUCAUUUUUUUCCCCAGAGGCAGAAAUAGAUUAUUGCAUCUACCCAUUCACAAAUCUGCUCUACAUUUUCUGGAGCUUAGUUGAAGAGAGAAGAGGAAAAAGGAGACCUCAGAUACAUGGAAAUUGUCACUCUCAUUAACCCUUGUACUUCUGAGAACCUCAUUUUCCUCAUCCCAAAGAGAAACCAAAUGAAAGAGGCAUAUAAACUGUGAAACCUUUGUGCAUUUGGGGAUUGUUACAUGUGAUGAUAUAUCACCCAAA